GAAGGAAAGUUUUUUUUUUUUUUGGGGGGGGGGGGGGGGCGAUGGUUGAUUCUUUUGAAUGGACUUCAUCAACCAAUCUACGUGUUUCGCACCUUUUUUUUUCUCUCUUCACAGCGCUUGAUUUUUGAUCUGCCCAUUUUCCACCCGCUCGUGGACCCUGUCUCGGGGGAACUGGAUGUGAAAAGAGCAUUUGCCAAGUGGAGGCGCAAUCACAACCACAUAUGGCAAAUACUGAUGUACGCACGCAGAGUUUUCUACAAGAUCGACACAACCAGCCCUCUGAACCCUGAAUCUGCUGUGCUGUAUGAAAAAGAUAUUCAACUCUUCAAGAGUAAAGUGGUUGACAGCGUAAAAUUGUGCAGCAGUCACUUAUUCGACCCCCCCAAAAUUGAAGACCCCCAUGCAAUUAGCUUCUCUCCAUGGAAUCCAGCUAUACACAACGAAGUGAGAGAGAAGAUGUUGACCCAGAAGGUACGGAGGGAGCAUCUAUCUUAUUUUAUAGCAAUUGUAAAAAAAAUGAACGGGGAGAAAUCAGCCUUAUUGCAUUGAAAGAAACUGAGGCAAGCUCCUUAUGCCAGAAGGAAUCAAGCAGAAAGUCCCUUAUGUAACCUUGUUGUGAGAUAAGAGAGAUUAUUCUGUGUGUGUGUGUGUGUGUGUGUGUGUGUGUGUGUGUGUGUGUUUACAGUGGCUAGAAGGAAACAGUGGUUAGAAAAGCACAUGGUUGCACAUCGCUUAAACCAGGGUUGUCCAAUUUUGGGAACUUUUAAGGCUUGUAGACUUCCAACUCU